ACGGGCGAACACGUGGCUACCGCGAAGCCGGAGCAGCAAUGGCGGCGGGCGGCGGCGGCGUUGCCGACCCCCUGUCCCCCGCGGGGGUGCCCUGCGCCUUCGCCCCGCAGAACCAGGCCUACUUCGCCCUAGCGUCCACCGACGGUCACCUGCGCGUGUGGGAGACCGCCAGCAACCGGCUGCACCAGGAGUACGUGCCCUCGGCGCACCUCAGCGGCACCUGCACCUGCCUGGCCUGGGCGCCCGCGCGGCUGCAGGCCAAGGAAAGUCCCCAGAGGAAAAAAAGGAAAUCAGAAGCAAUAGGAACGAGUAACCAGACUGACUUGUUGGCUCUUGGUACAGCAGUUGGUAGUAUUUUGUUAUACAGUACAGUAAAAGGAGAAUUGCAUAGUAAAUUAAUAAGUGGUGGACAUGACAGCAGAGUCAAUUGUAUACAGUGGCACCAAGACAAUGGCUGUUUGUAUAGUUGUUCAGAUGAUAAGCAUAUUGUGGAGUGGAAUACACAGACAUGCAAAGUCAAGUGCAAAUGGAAAGGUGACAACAGUAGUGUCAGCUCCCUGUGUCUCAGCCCAGAUGGAAAGAUGUUGCUUUCAGCUGGCCGAACAAUCAAACUAUGGGUUUUGGAGACCAAAGAAAUCUACAGACACUUCACAGGACAUGCAACGCCCGUUUCCUCACUUAUUUUUACUACUAUUCGGCCUCCUAGUGAGAGUCAGCCCUUUGAUGGAGUCACAGGCCUUUAUUUCUUAUCUGGGGCAGUACACGACCGGUUACUUAAUGUCUGGCAGGUCCGGUCAGAAAAUAAAGAAAAAAAUGCAGUAAUGUCUUUCACAGUGACAGAUGAACCUGUCUACAUCGACUUAACUUUAUCAGAGAAUAAAGAAGAGCCUGUCAAGUUAGCUGUUGUUUGCAGAGAUGGUCAGGUUCAUCUUUUUGAACAUAUAUUAAAUGGAUACUGCAAAAAACCUUUGACUUCAAACUGCACAAUUCAAGUAGCAACACCUGGGAAAGGCAAGAAAUCAACACCAAAACCCAUCCCUAUUCUAGCAGCUGGAUUUUGCGCAGACAAAAUGUCAUUGUUACUUGUUUAUGGCAAUUGGUUUCAGCCUGUCAUUGAAAGAGUGGCUUUAAAUUCCAAAGAACCUCAUAUGUGUUUAAUACGAGAGAUGUCAAACUGCUGGGCCCCCAAAGUAGAGACAGCGAUAACAAAGGUGAGAACACCGGUGAUGAAUUCUGAAGCGAAGGUUCUCGUCCCUGGGAUACCUGGUCACCGAGCUGCCAUUAAGCCUGCUCCUUCACAGACUGAGGAAGUCGAGAGUAAGAGGAAGUUAGGGGAAAAGGAGGUUAGCAUUGAGGAGCGCCUGGGAGCACUGGAUAUCGAUACAAAACGAGAGAAGGGCGACCUCCUGCAGACGAACAGUUUCCCAGUUCUUCUUGCGCAGGGUUUAGAGAGUAAUGACUUCGAAAUGCUAAAUAAAGUGCUUCAAACUAGGAAUAUAAACCUAAUAAAGAAGACUGUAUUAAGGAUGCCCCUGCAUGCUGUUAUUCCAUUGUUACAAGAGCUCACGAAGCGAUUGCAAGGCCAUCCGAAUAGUGCUGUUUUAAUGGUCCAGUGGCUAAAAUGUGUAUUAACGGUCCAUGCGUCCUAUCUCUCCACAUUGCCUGAUUUGGUUCCCCAGUUGGGGACACUCUACCAGUUGAUGGAAAGCAGAGUUAAAACAUUUCAGAAACUCUCUCACCUUCAUGGGAAGCUUAUUCUUCUAAUCACGCAAGUUACAGCAUCAGAAAAAACAAAGGAAACGACUUGUCCUGUACAGAAUGCAAAAUUGGUGUACGAAGAAGAAUCUUCUGAGGAGGAAUCUGAUGAUGAAAUAGAUAAGGAUUCUGAUGAUAAUUGGGAUGAGGAUGAGGAAGAGGAGAAAGACAGUGAAAAAGAGGAGGAGGAUGUUGAUGACGAAAAUGAAGAGGAAGAUGAGGAUGCUGAAGAAAAUGGUGAGGACAGAGAUGUGACAAGUGAGAAAGAAUUGAAUGGAGAUUCUGACUUAGAUCCUGAGAACGAGAGUGAAGAAGAAUGAAGACAAAAAUCUAAGCCAGUCGAACUAUAGAAACUCUGACUCACGCUGCCCGGCGCUGCCGGGCACAUGGGGAGGGUUUUCUGUGUGACAGGAUGCCAACGGCUGUUGCACAGUUCCAAGUUCCCCUUGGUGGCUCCCGUGCCACCUGCUGUCUCAGUACCCCAGACAUAACUGUGUAAAUAAGAGUGUUUCAUUCGAAUGUUAAUAAACUUUACACAGUAAAUAGAUACAUUUUCUGCAAUGUACUGACAUGAGUGUUCAAUAUAUGGUAUAUUUUUUUAACAUAAUACCCUAAUGGUUCUGCCAAGAAGCGACCUCAGUGGAGAUAAAGACAUUUUCCCUGUGUGAAGGAAUCGACUCUUCCUCAGGUUGGUAUCUUUCAUCAGAUCUAGAUCCACGUAGCGCCAACACAAGGAUUUUGUUACAUUUUUCAGAAAAUUUGAAGGACAACUAAAAACUAGACUGAAAUGAGUUUGACUAUUAAAAAAAAAAAGUCACGAGGUUCCCUCACGUCUGUUAACUACUGGUCUGACGUGAAGCAGGUGAGCCAUUGGGAGGGUUUUCCAGACAACCAUUUAUUUUUUAAGCUGUCAUGUGAAAUAUUUUUCUACAACACAAAAUUACAGUGAUUUAAAAAUUAGGGAAAAAAUGUAGGCACAUUAAGGAUUUUUCUUGACUGAGUCUCCUGUAAAAAAAAAAUCAUUGUAUAGAUUACAAAUGCUCAUAAUCUGCAACUUUUAAAAAAAUCAGUCAGAGCUGCUUUUGAAGAAUUUUUAUUUAAAUUCCUAAUGGAUCAAAGAGCAAUUGUUUAUUUUUUUUCUCUUUGGUUUUAGAUAUUAAUGAUAACCUGUUGGAAUUUUUUUCCAAAGAAAAUAUUUUUAUAAUUCAGUAACUUAAUGUUUUCCUUCUCAUUAUCCUCUCAGCAGUGUAGGGUAUCUGUUUACCUUUAAAGUAAAAAUCGGACUCGAUUUUUUUAUGUAUGUGUACAUAAUAUUUUGGUGCGCUACAAAAACCUUUUCAAAUCACCAAUAACCACCCCCCCCCCACUUUUUUUUUUUUAAAGAAAAAGAUUGAACCAGUAUUUGCUCUCUAGGGAAUAUGGGGCAGGAAGCUUAAGUCUAAGCACGGGCUGGGGAGAUGGGUGUAUUUCAUCUGUGCAAAUGUCAAUGAACUGUUAACAUAGGUGGCAGAGCAGAGCUCACUUCCCUCCACAACUAGAACUGGAGCCAUAUAAGGAUCAUGGGAAAGCAAGUGUGAGUCAGUUACUGGUAUAAUGUACAGUUUUAUUUGUCUAUAAAUGGAGUUGUUUAUGGCAAUUUAAUACCAUUCUCUUUGUAAAGUGAAUAAAUAUUCCUCUUUACCGAG